CCAAGAUGGCAACUGUACAGAGGAAAGUAUUUGCAUAAAAUUUUCACGAACAUUUUAGCGUUCCAGAGUAGACUGGCGGCGGAAAUACCACAAGGAAAUGGAGCAGAGUCAAUCAGACAGAUGUGCUACCGGAAAAAAUGAGUUCCUGGUGGGCCAGAAAUAUCGUUUGGUGAGGAAAAUCGGUAGCGGGUCUUUCGGGGAUAUUUACCUGGGAAUCAACAUAACAAAUGGGGAAGAGGUCGCCGUCAAAAUGGAAUCCAUCAAAGCUAGACAUCCACAGCUUUUGUACGAAAGUAAACUGUACAAAAUACUUCAAGGUGGUGUGGGAAUCCCCCAUAUCCGCUGGUAUGGUCAAGAAAAGGACUAUAACGUUCUCGUGUUAGAUCUUUUGGGGCCCAGCCUGGAGGAUCUGUUCAACUUCUGCUCUCGACGUUUUACCAUGAAAACGGUCCUGAUGCUUGCAGAUCAAAUGAUUGGACGUAUUGAAUACGUUCACAAUAAAAAUUUCAUACACAGGGAUAUAAAACCCGAUAAUUUUUUAAUGGGCAUUGGGAGACAUUGUAACAAAGUUUUUCUCAUUGACUACGGUCUGGCCAAGAAAUACAGGGACAGCCGUACGCGACAGCACAUACCAUACCGAGAAGACAAGAAUUUGACGGGCACUGCCAGAUAUGCCAGUAUAAAUGCCCACCUUGGAAUCGAGCAAAGCCGACGAGAUGACAUGGAAUCAUUGGGGUACGUGCUGAUGUAUUUCAACCGAGGGAGCUUGCCAUGGCAAGGAUUGAAAGCUGCUACAAAGAAGCAGAAAUAUGAGAAAAUUAGUGAGAAGAAGAUGUCCACUCCAGUGGAAGUUCUCUGUAAAGGAUUUCCCGCCGAAUUUUCGAUGUACCUCAACUACUGCCGUGGUCUACGUUUUGAAGAGGCCCCUGACUACAUGUACCUCCGCCAGCUUUUCCGUAUCUUGUUCCGCACGCUGAACUACCAGUAUGAUUAUACCUUUGACUGGACAAUGUUGAAGCAAAAAGCAGCUCAGGUGGCACAAAAUACAACAACAGCUGCAGGGACAGCCGGACGUUAGCACAGAUCUUCAGAAGGCUGUGUUUGACAGCAUUCAGUGUGUGUUAUGUAUUCUAGGACAGAAGAAACUCUGAUAACAUCUUAGUCUGAUAAAUGACAGUGGAAUUUCUAACAUUUUCACAAUAAUGACUGAACAUUUCAGACUUUUGAAACAAACAUCAGCUUAGUUUGUCAUAAAAUUUUGAAACCCUAAACUAUCUUUCUGUGGAAAGUUGUGACAGAAUUGUUAGUAGUCACAUUCAGCCAAUACCCACAAAUCAUCGGUGAAGUUUGUACAAAUCCAAAAUUUACAUGAAGUACACCUGAAUUCAUAUGAAUUAAAUCUGAAUUCAAACGUAUAUAUAUAUGAAUUCACAAAAUGUAUGUACAAAUUUAACAUGCUGUUUGUAUGCAGUGUCUGUCCUGGUAAUGUCAUGGCAUACUUUGCAAGUAAGCUUAUUUGAAGAUGAAUUUUGUCUCUCUGUGUAUUUGUCAGAUGCAUGAUUAUGAAUAGGACUUGACUUGUGUUCAUAUGCAUGUGUAUGAUUUUUUGUUUCAGUUUUGAUACCAUUGGGAUACAAGUACACUGUAUACUGCCAAGUCGGUCAGAUUGGGAGAAGGGAUUUGAAUUUCAGUUGUAUUCUGGUUACAGACAUUGAGUGCGAACAGUUUUACCUGAAGCCCUUAGUGAUAUUUACUUAUAUGCCUAAUAAAUUGCCCACGAUUGUCUGGUAGUUGAGUUUAACAUUUAACUUUUUUUUAAUCAUUGAUUUCUGAAAAUGAAUUUUUUUAUAUAGAAUAUGGGCAUUUUCAACUGGACAACUGCCUAGAAAUUCUAGCAUGUUUUGAAAUUAAUUUCUGAUUGCCUGUUUCAGAAGAAUCACUUUAGCAAAUGGCACAGAUUCCAUUGUUUGUAGAAUUUAGUAUAUUAAUAGUGGUUCUACGGAUUACCUAUACAGAAAUUAGUACUUAAAUAACCAUUGCUUAAUGGUGUCUGAAAGACUUGUUGACAGUUCUAAGUGCUUCUUGAGAUAAUACUGUAGAUGAAGGCAAGUUUCAGUCGAACAGAUAACCAGGAUCCAUUUGUUUACGUAUAUGCACACAAACUUAGGCCAACAAAUAACUGAUGGAAUUAGUCAUAAUUCUGUUGUGUAUAUAUGUUGGUCUUAUGUUCACUUUCUGGAAAAUGCUAAAUACAUGUACUUGUGAAGGUCUAAACUUUUCUGAUUGUUAUCCAUGUAUUAUAGUUCAUAUUUAUCCAUUAUUUGGUGGGAUAGUGCUAUAAAAUAUUCAGUACACCUGACCUCUGGUUUAUGAUUUAGCCCUGAUCUGACUGGUGUCCUAUAAUAUAUAUGUAUAUAUACACGAAGAUAAACCCCUGCUUGCUGAUAUCCUCUAAGGGAACCUUUUGUGACUUUUUUUUUUUUUACUGAAAUUUUGAUCACAAUUUCGUACAGCCUGAUGGCAGAAUUAUUUUAUCUAUCAGACGAAAAUUUCUUUUUAACAUAAGUUCUCUUGAAAUGUAAAUAUUAAUGUACAUGUAUCCCUAUAGUAUAUAUAUAUAUAUAUGUAUAUGAACUUCCAGUUUCUCUUUGUUGUUUGUGUUUUGAAACGUUCUUUCAUAUUAAAAUGUGUAUAAUCCUGUACAGUAAUAGCCCGUCAUUGCUAAAAGAAAAGUACAUGUAUCUGAAAGCUGUGUCAUUUAUUAAUUACAGAUUGGUAUUGCUAUUGUUGUGGAUGAACCAGGGCUGUAGCAACGCUAUACCUUUAUCGUUAGGUAACCGAAUGUUAGAAUGACAGCAUUAUCAAGACAAGUAUAUAAGACAAUUUGUGGUAAUGCAUUUUUUUUUCUUUUCCUUUUUUUUUUU